AUGUCAUCGCUUGCACAGCAGCGCGACAAGCGCAACUAUGCAUUACACCUAUUAUAUACUCGACAGGAGUUCGAGGAGUGCCUAAAGCAAAUAGACAAAAUACUAGAGGAUACAGAUGGCCUCUGUGAAUACGCAAUCUACAUCAAAGCUCUCAUCAUGCGACAUAGAGGCAAAAUUCAGGAGUCCUUGCAGCUGUUCCAGCAGGCCACCGCCAUCAACCCGCACAACACGGCCAACCUCAAGCAGGUGGGUCGCUCUCUGUACCUGCUAGGCAAGCAUAAGGCCGCUGUGGACGUGUACGAGGAGGCCCAGAAGUUUGGGGCACCCGACUGGGAGAUCAUGCACAACAAAGGGCUAUGCUACAUGUACUUAAAACAAUAUGACAGGGCCAUCGAAUCAUUCCGCAUCGCCAUUGACAUCCAGCCCCAUGACUCCACCUUUCUGCAGCUGGGCAAGGUGUACAGCAUGAUGGACGACUUCACGCAGGCCAUCAAUGUAUACAUGGAGGCUCUGGAGCACUCCCCUGAGAACCCGGAGGUGCUCACCACGCUGGGGCUGCUGUUCCUCAGGACCUGCGACAACAACCGGGCGUUCGACUACCUGAGCACAUCCCUCACUCAUGACCCCCGCAACCCUAGGACCAUCCUGGCGGCUGGGUCCAUCAUACAGGACCACUCCGACAUGGAUGUGGCGCUGGUGAAGUACCGCGUGGCGGCGGUGCAGACCCCCAACAGCCCCCAGCUGUGGAACAACAUAGGAAUGUGCUUCUUUGGAAAGCAGCGCUAUAUCGCCGCCAUCGCCUGUCUGAAAAAGGCCCUGUACCUGGGUCCGUUCGAGUGGAUCAUCUCGUACAACCUGGGCCUGGUGCACCUGCACACGGGCCAGUACGCCUCCGCCUUCCACUACUUCUCCGCGUCAGUCAACCUCAAGCCCGAUUUUGCGCACUCGUACAUGUACCUGGCAGUCACGUUGGCGCGACUGGACGACUUUGAGAACGCGUGUGCGGCUUACGAGAAGGCCAUUCAGAUGGCGGGACAACCGGGGGAGCCCGUUUUCCACCUCAAUUACGCCAUCCUGCUGUACAACCAAAAGCAAUACGACAAUGCCAAGCUCCACCUGCACCAGUUCCGUACCCUGUUCCAAGAUAUGGACGAGGAGGCUCGCCGGGCGGACCCGGAGGUUACGGAGCAAGCGGGGUUGCUGGGCCAGCUACUUAACAUCUGA